AUGUUUUUCUCCGCUCUCGCAGGCGCUGCCCUGUUGGCCGGUGGCGCCGUCGCUGCUGACCUGCCUUCUAUCGAAGUCAAGGGCUCCAAGUUCUUCUACAGCAACAAUGGCACUCAGUUCUACCUGCGUGGUGUUGCCUACCAGCAGACCCCGACCAACGGCGACCUCUACAUCGACCCGCUGGAAACCCUCGCCGACUGCAAGCGUGACAUCCCCUACUUGACCGCAACCAACACAAACACCAUCCGUGUCUACUCAGUCGACCCGGCUGCCGACCACGAUGACUGCAUGAGCGCCUUCGCCGACGCUGGCAUCUACGUGCUCGUCGACUUGUCCGCCCCCAAGAACGAAUCCAUCAACCAGGCCGACCCCUCAUGGAACACUGCCCUGUACUCCCGCUACACCGGCGUCAUCGACAACAUGAACAAGUACUCCAACGUGCUCGGUUUCUUCGCCGGUAACGAGGUCAUCAACUCCGCCAACACCACCGCGUCUGCUGCCUACGUCAAGGCCGUCGUGCGCGACGCCAAGGCCUACAUCAAGGCCAAGAACUACCGCUCUAUUCCCGUUGGUUACGCUGCCGCCGAUGUCUCCGAGGUCCGUGUUCAGCUCGCCGACUACCUCAACUGCGGUGACCAGUCUGAUGCCAUUGACUUUUUCGGUGACAAUGUCUACGAGUGGUGCGAUCCUUCCACUUUCCAGACCUCUGGUUAUAGCGAUAUCGUCAAGAACUUUUCUUCGUACUCUGUCCCUUACUUCUUUGCCGAGUACGGAUGCCGGUCUCCUGCCGAUGGUCGUACCUUCAAGAACAUCCCUGUCAUGUUCGGUGAGAAGAUGAACAAUGUCUUGAACGGUGGUAUUGUCUUUGAGUACUUCCAGGCCGAUAACAAGUUUGGUCUCGUGUCUCUGUCUGGCAACUCCAUCUCCAAGCUCCCUGACUACAACAACUACAAGACUGAAAUCGUCAGCGUUAACCCUACUGGAACCGUCAGCUCCAAGUACAGCGCUUCCAACACUGCUGCUGCCUGCCCCACUGUCGACGCCAACUGGGCCUCUUCCUCCAAGCUGCCCCCUACCCCUAACGAGGAGCUCUGCUCUUGCAUGAUGGAUACCUUGGAAUGUGUCUUGGUUUCUUCCACCUCGACCAAGAGCUACGGUGAUCUGUACGGCCAGCUCGGACAGUACGGCGUUCUUGACGGUGUCACUGGCAACUCCACCGAGGGUACUUAUGGCGCCUACAGCAUGUGCAGCGAAAAGCAGAAGCUUUCCUUUGCCCUGAACGACUACUACAACUCUCAGUCUGACGAGAACAAGGCGAAGGCUUGCGACUUCAAGGGUGCUGCCACCACCACUACUUCCUCGAGCCCCUCUGGCACUUGCUCGUCCCUGCUUCAGGAAGCUGCCAGCGGCACUGGUGUUGUCACUUCUUCUCCCAGCGGUAGCUCCGGCUCCGGCUCCGGCGCUGCCGCCACCUCCAGCGGUCUCGGCAUGCCAAUCAACUCUCCCAGCACCAUCUCUGUUGGUGCCUGGCAGUUGGGUGCCUACGUCGCCGCUGCCGUCUUCACUGGCGCUGGUAUGAUCUUGCUGUAA